CCAGAGCAGUCAGACUCGAGCCUGCCUCUCUUACAGACUGUAUGUCAGGAGAACUCCAACCACUUCCCAAGCAGGAAAGCUCAAGACAAAGCAUUUCAGCACAGUGAGCCAUUGAAGUAUUUAUGUUAAAGCAGCACUUUGAUCAGUGACCUGAGUUCAUUGAAAUACUGUUGUGACAGCUGUCCAUUAUAAGAUGAGUGAACGCUUUGAUUGUGACAACUGCAAAGAAUCCUUGUACGGCAGGAAGUACAUCCUAUCUGAAGACAGUCCCUACUGUAUCCCAUGUUAUGACACCCUGUUUGCAAAUACAUGUGACGAGUGCAAAGAGCUGAUUGGACAUGAAGCUAGGGAGCUGUUCUAUGAAGACCGUCACUACCAUGAGCAUUGCUUCAGGUGUUAUCGAUGUGACAGAUCUCUGGCAGAUGAGCCAUUUACAUGUCAGGAAGAAGAGCUGUUAUGCAAUGAUUGCUACUGCAGUGAAUUCUCCUCAAAAUGUAUUGCUUGUGACAAGGUUGUCAUGCCUGGUACCCGUAAGCUUGAAUACAAUGGCAGCACCUGGCAUGAAGGAUGCUUUAUUUGUCACACUUGUGAGCAGCCAAUAGGAUCAAAGGCCUUUGUUCCUGAUAAGAGUGAGAUUUACUGUGUGCCUUGCUAUGAGAACCACUUUGCUCCACGAUGUUUCCGUUGCAAGAAGGCCUUGACAAAAGGAGGUGUUACUUAUCAUGAUGAGCCAUAUCACAAAGAAUGCUUUGUCUGCAAUGGGUGCAAGACUCAGCUGGCUGGCCAGCAAUUCACCUCGCGGGAGGACUCUCCAUACUGCCUCAAGUGUUUUGGAAACCUGUACGCCAAGAAAUGUGCAGCCUGUGCCAAGCCCAUCACAGGUUUUGGAGGUGGCAAAUACAUUUCCUUUGAAGAUCGCCAGUGGCACCAGAGCUGCUUCACCUGCUCGCGAUGUUCGGCCUCGCUGGUUGGAAAGGGAUUUUUCCCUGAGAAGGAUGACAUUCUUUGUCGUGAAUGUAACAGUGACUUAUGAAUUGAUUGCUGACCCCAGUUCUACUCUUCAUAUAUUUUUCUACACACAAAUUGCACCAGUGCAGCAUUAGGCCUUUGAAAGCACAGUUUGUGUCUUGGAGAAAAUCUUUCCUUUCACACUUUCCUAGUGCCAUUUUGCAUAUGGAUAAACUUGUACAAUAAAGAUUUAAAAGGUUACUUCCUCUCCCUGCUUUCUCCCUACCUUAUCAGUGAUGCUCAGCAACUCUCUUGAGAAGAUGAACAACAGCAAAGUUAUUCUUUAUCCCAUUCUCAUCAAUUGGGACAUUAAAGUGGCAAAUUGUUAUUAUUUAAUCAAUAGAAUUAACUCAAACAUUCAUGUAACACAGCUAAAAAUAACUCAGUAACAGCAUAACUUUCCUGACGGUUCAGUAACUAGAUGCAUGGGGACUAAAAUUCAACUUGAGUGAGGGUAUAAAUGGCCCAAGAUCAGCUGCCCAUUAUACACUUUAUGCAUUGUACCUUUGCCUGGUUUUGCCUUCUCUACUGGCUUCAGUGAAAAGGUAGAUCAGGCUGAUGUAUAAUAUGCGGCCGAUCCAAUCCCACUUAUUUCACAUCCCUGCUCAAGCUUGGAUGAAACUGAACCAUUCAGACCUGAAGGAUCCAGGUUUGAUUCCUGGACUGUGCUGAAUUUCCUGAUCUCAAUCAGGUUAAGAUACUAUAACUAGUGGACUAGGGGGUAGAAAAUGAGCGCUAGGAUCCUUGCUAUUGAUUACUAUCUAGUGGUUCCUUGUGGAAGUACAUGUUUGUGGAUAUCAGCAGAGGACAGAAUUUGGCUCAGCGUUCAUCCCCGCACUCCCUUAAUAUUCAUGGUCUAUGGUCACACAUGAAGAAUGGUAAUUUGGUGAGAUACUCAAAGUCCACCAAAACCAGUUACAGUAUGAAACACCAUUCUCAGAAGAGUAAAGGUGAAAUGAGUACUUCAGAGUUAUUGAGGACGGAGACGGAGGGGAUGGUGGGGGUAAUUUUCCCAGCCUCUCAGAGGUGGGAGGAGAAUGGGAAAAUCUUGAAAAGGUGUGUUGUGUCAGCUCCUCUGAUAACUUGCCUUUGGCUUCCUUUUUCAAGGGGGUGCUGCUUCCCCAGACGGCAACCCGCCUAGCUGCACAGGGAAGCAAAUCAAGACCAUUAUAACACCAAUUAUUCUGUGAUUCUGUGAAUUAACUGGCAUUUUCCAUGGGCAAUAACCAUUUGCCAGAGAUUCACGGGAUGCCUGCUGUGUCAGCAGCUCUUUUCUUCGCAGGAGGCAAGAGCAGUGUAAAGGUCAGAGCACCAUGGAAUGAUUAUUUCAGAGCGACCUUUUAGUAAGCACGUAGGUUCUCCUCAGCGUAUCCACAGACAAAUGCUUUCAAGUGGAAGAGUUUCUCCUGUAGAUGGAUCCACCUGAUAGUUCUGGGUAUUGGGAUUGGUCUACUGGUUCCACUAUUAGCAGUGCAUCCCCUUCUUGUAGUUGCUCAGUUUACCUCAGUGCACACUAUUCUGAGUGGGGCUGUCGACCACCCUUCCCUUCAACCGCUCUGAUUGUCCUUCCCGUAUCCAAUGUCCACCCUCUGUUCCUAAUUGGAUGGCACUCCCGGAGGAAGUUUCCUAAUUGGACGCCUCUGGGAAGUUUGCGCUGGAAGGUGCACUGCUGACACGAGUGAGGUGAGAUCCUGGAAAUGAUCUUGGUUCACACAAAUGUUUUCAGUGGAAAAAAUUCUGGCGUCUUCUUUAACAGCCUUUUUCUAGCCCCUCAUGUCAGGAUAUCUGCAGUAUUUUGUUUUUGAAUCCUUUCCAGUUGUUUGAAUUUACUCAACAGAUCAUUUGCAAUGAGUUGUCAGGAGCUUGCUGGACAUCUAACAUAGAUUGGUUUAAGAAACAAUUAGCUGUUGCCAGAAGAAAAAUAAUAGGGUUGGUAUUCUGAAAAAAUGAGAGCAGAUGACUAAAGUGGCCUUCUUUUCGAAACCUAUGUUCUGAGAAGGACAAUCUUAAUUCUUCUGCUAUGGUACAACAAAGCAUGAGAUUAUAUCUGUUAUUCAUCAAAUAGAGCAGUUAGCUCCACUGUCUAUUGUACCCCUUGACAUCAGGGCCACUGCAUCACAUCUGACCUGUUAUCUGACCUGAUAAAUCAUUAAGCAGGUUUUCAGAAUCAGGCAGACAGUUAAUUAACCAUAGAUCAACCAGAUUCCACAUUACUCAUUCACUUAUAAGUCACCAUUUUAUGUUGUUCUGUCUGUGGACCCCAUUAGAAUGGUGCAGAAUAGAUUGGAACUGCAGUAAAAGACACUAAUAAAUUGCUGUGUAGUGGGUGAGAACGAUUCUUUGUUUGUAUAAGACAAGUUGCCCAAUUUAAUUGCGCAGUUUCCCGGUUGCAAGGAUCAAUUAAUGAGUCACUUGACCUUUGCUCACUUGAUCCCUUCCCUAAUUCCGGUUGUGGUAUUGAAAUGGCUGCUCAAGUGGAACACCGCCAUCCACUAUGCCGCACUUAUGCUAACAAUGAGCCUACUAAUUUGAGCUUCCUGUAAAAACUGAAAUGGAAAACUGAGCCUGUCACACCUAUCAGUAUUUACAGAAAAUGCAUCUGAUCUCAGACAGAGUUCACCAUUAUUGAAUGAGGGACAUAAAAUGGCUCAAUGGCUUCAAACAGGUCAGAAACGCAUGGUUGCACUUGCCGUUGCAUUGGUCAGACAAAUAGACCAAGUAACAGGUAAAAGAGACAGAGGGUAUUUUACACCUUAUUUGGAAAACCUCAGUCUGUUUGGAUGAGAUUCAAAGUUGAGAUUAUAAACUCCAUUUGGAAUUUUGCAUCUCACCCAACAUUGAAAUAGAAACAGUCACGUUUUCCCAUAGAUGUCUUGAUUAUAGACUGACAGAGAUAGGGUGCAACAUAAGAGUAACAUUUACUUUGAGUUGAUCAAAAAUGUUGUUACCAAUGAGUCUCAUUAAAAUGUUACAUUUGACUGACUUAAAUAAGAUGCAUUUGGAAAUCACUACAAGCAGAACUGGAAUAUGAGCAGAGUCAUGCAAUACAAUUUAUGGUUCAGCUGUGUUUUGUCAGUAAUUCCAAAGAUACCAUUUGCAAACAAAAGCUCGAGUUUUUUCCAUUUAUUUUAGUCACAGUAUUUGUUCCGCUGCCCAUUUUGAAUCUCUAUUUACUGAGCACAUUGAGGAUUAGUACUUCACUUAUACAAGAUAAGCUAUUAAAUUUUGGUGAAAGUCCAUUCUGUAAAGUCAAUGAUUAAGUUACGUUUCAAUUGUUGAAAAGUGGUGGAUUAAAGGAUUGCAAAUACAAACAUUCCUGCUGUGUUACUGGCUUCAGUCUAAAACCUUACUGUAAAUAUGAAGCCCUGUUUACGACAGAUGGAUUAGAGCUGGUAGAUUUUCAAAUGCAUGCAGAUUCUGAUUCAGAGGUUUAUGGCAUGUUGUUCACAUGUACAGCUACAGUUAGAAUAUAUCACAUAUCAUCAUAAUAUUUACCAUUACAAUUUUGUUGUUAAAGGAUAUCACAACCACUUCCGAAGCAUAAUAGCUCCCAAUUUGACAUUCUGUACAAUGGCUAAGCACCUUGUGGUAGCAAUGGGAUGGGCACCAUAUCACAACAGGCUCAAAUAACGUGGACUCGGCUUUGAAUUCUAGGACUAGCUGUGAAUCUAGUGAGGGUUCCGGCUUUGAGUGAAGAGCUAUUGGAUGGAGCUUCCUCUUCUGAGGUGGUAUACUGUAUCUGGGAGAGAUGAGGGAGUGGCAGGAGUUAGCAUAGUUGGUUGAUGGUGCUAAAGGUUGAUCUAUCUGUAUGGUGCUGUUGGUAUUUGUAGAAUGGUCUUCAGUGUGAGCAUUCUAUUGACAUUGCUGUAAGGAAUGGCUGGGUAAUGAAAUGGCACUGAAUUGCUGCAAAAACCAUGAAAUAAUUGAUAAUCCAGUACCUUUCAUUGUAUAGAAAAUACAAGUGACUGCUCAAAUGGUGCAAAGAUCACCUUGCUGUCUCAGAGCUAUACAGAUCCAGAACUAUUUUGGUAGCUGAUCACAGUUACCCUCAGCACUGCUAAACUAGGGAGGAAAUAAUUGGCCUGUGAUCCUAUUCCUAAUUACUAUGUUGUGACUGCUAUUGGGAGUACCAGAUGAGGAGAGGAUCAUGGUUGGCUGUGAUGUAAUUAGUUGAGCAUUAUCAAUGUGCAUGGUACCUUAGAUCAGCUGAUUGCAUUACUGCACUGAGGAGGCAUCUCAAAACAGGAAUCUGACAAUAAACUGUAUUCAUAUUCAUUUACACAACAGAUGUAAGGUUAGCACCUUUAAUUUUAAAAUAAAUGUAUUUUAGUUAUCUGCCUGUAGGUGAUAGAUAUCCAGUGGGCUCAAUCCCACCUGAAUUCUUACAGCACUCCACAAGUGAAUGCCCUUAAAAGCAACUACUUUUAGUAAGAGCUAGCUCCACCAACACUGUUCGCUCCAGUUAGUAAGUUAAUCGGGACAUAGAAUUAUUGAAAGAAAGAUCUGUGUGCACAGAGAUUCGGAGAGAAGAGCGCAAGAUACAAAACUAUGCUACUUGGGGUGUCUAAAAUCUUGCCUGUGGAAUAUCUGCCAGCAAUGCAGCCUUAGUGAUGGUUGCCAUAGAACAGUUCAUACAUUCCAGCCUGUCUACCCAUCAAAGUUUCCUUAAUGUUACCACUAAAAAUGUGUAAAAUUGCCAAACCUUGUUGGUGUGUGCAUUGUUUUUUUUUGUUUGUUUCUCUUUAAAAAAUGUUUUCUUGUUUUUAGUACAUGAUUUGUAACCUAAUACUAUUGGGAGUGGUGGGCCAGUCCCACAUGACACGAAAGAGUUUACAUAUAACAGAAUGUUAUGCAUGUUUUUUUAUUAAUCACUGAAGCAAAGUUCAUUUAUAACACUAUUGUAAAAGCUUUGAUGCUGGUAAGUCAGAGUAUAUUGUGUAUGGUUUAACAAGAGAGCUGUGAUCAGCAGCAUGCAAUGUCUGCUUAGUGUAGUUGUCCUGUCUGACUUACUUACAUUUUCAUUUAUGUGUCUCCAAAUGCUUACAUAAUAAAAAAAAAUUAAACCAUA